AUGCCUCCUCUCAGCGUCAAAGACCUGACAAUGCCCGCUGCAGCCUUCACCAUGGCUAUCGUUCUCACUGGCCAUGUGUACUCUUCUAUCGGCCAAGCGCGUCAAGAGGCAGAUAUGAAAAGGGCCAGGAUUGUUCAAGAGGAACAAGAAAAAAAGACAGCAGCCCGACUACGGGCUAUCAAUCGUGGCGCACCGGUGUCUUCGCAAGCUGGACCAGAAGAAGAGUAA